GGAUUAUAUCAAUAAACUGUUAAAUCAACCAUUAGAUUCAACCAUUAUAUCAUAUAACGCUCACACUCAUCAACUGUCAUAUCAACCGUUAGAUCAACUGUUAGAUCUCAACAGUUUAGAUUAUAUAAUACCUAUUAUAUCAACCAUUAGAUUAGCUAUCAGAUUAAUAUACACCCAUGGCAUUAAUCUGAAUAAU